UCAUCAAAGUGUCAAAGUAAAUAGGCUUCUCGCGAGGAGCUAGGGGCGAGCUCUCUUUGUGCCCGAUCGCAGUCGUCUAGGGUCGAGCGCGCGGUCCACGCUCGAUAUCAGGCAUGGCGUUACUCAAGGCGCAAUCCUUAAGCUCGCUAGGUCUUUCGCGAUCUGAUGCUACUAGGUUCUCGGCCGGUGGCUCCUCUACACAGAGAUUAUGUGUGAUACCGCUCAAGAACACCCGUGAUCCGCAGGGUUUGAGAGUGCAAUGUAUGGUGCUAGAAACGCCCUCCAAGGUGGAGAAACUUACGCUUCUUCACGAGCUCUAUAGCAAACACCAGCAAAGUCCAUGGUAUGACAAUCUCAGGCGCCCUGUCACGGAUCUCCAGCCACUCAUCGACAGUGGCGUCCGAGGAGUAACGAGCAAUCCCACGAUUUUCCAGAAAGCCAUCUCCUCCUCCGACGCUUAUGAUCCACAGUUCAGGCAGCUGGUACAGGGUGGUAGCAAAGUGGAGGAUGCUUAUUGGCAAAUGGUCAUCAAAGACAUCCAGGAUGCUUGCGACCUUUUCCUUGGUGUUUUUAGCUCCAGCAAAGGCGAAGAUGGAUACGUCUCUGUGGAAGUGUCACCUUUACUCGCGCAUGAGACAGACGAGACGCUCAACGCCGCAAAAUGGCUGCACAAGGAGGUCAAUCGUCCCAAUGUCUACGUGAAGAUUCCUGCGACGGCUGAGUGUGUUCCUUCAAUCAGAAGCGCCAUCUCCCUCGGCAUCAGUGUUAACGUCACCCUUAUAUUCUCACUCCCAAGAUAUGAAGCUGUAAUCGAUGCAUAUCUCGAUGGACUCGAAGCUAGAGAAGGAGAUCUCUCGGGCGUCUCGAGUGUGGCUUCCUUCUUUGUAAGCCGGGUCGACACUCUCGUUGAUAAAAGGCUGAAUGAGAUUGGCACCGACGAGGCGCUCCAGCUGCGUGGCAAGGCAGCCGUUGCACAGGCAGCUCUGGCUUUCCAACUUUACGAGAAGAAAUUCUCGGGACCUCGCUGGGAAGCACUGAAAAAGCGUGGAGCCAGGAAGCAGAGACUCUUGUGGGCUUCAACGAGCGUGAAAAACCCGGCAUACUCCGACACUCUUUACAUCGACACUUUGAUCGGCCCUGACACGGUGAACACGAUGCCUGGAAAUGCACUGGAGGCGUUUGUGGAUCACGGGACGCUGGCGAGAACUUUAGACUCGGACGUGGAUGGAGCCCAAAAGAUUUACGACAAGAUCGAAGCGCUGGGGAUCCGGUGGGACGACGUUGGCUCGCUCCUCGAGAUCGAAGGGGUGGAUUCCUUCAAGAAAAGUUUCGAGGAUUUGCUGGUGAGCUUGAAGCUCAAGGCGGAGCUCCUUGUCAAGUGAGCAUAGUGAGAAUAUUUUGCGCCCACGCGCAGAGUUUUUAAAAGUUGGAGAAAGAAAAUACGGCCAACGUGUGUUGCACGUAAA